AUGCAGGUACAAAGGUUUCAAUUCACUUCGGAAUUCUGGGAGUACGUGCAGUUGAGCAAUGGAGGUAGGCCAAUAUGCUCCUCAAGUGAAAGGAACUUGUUUCUUGGAACGAAUGUUGGUUUGUAUUUGGGAAACUCGAAAAUCGAGAACUAUCAAAACGGCCGACUAUAUCUAACAAAUUUGCGCCUCAUCUAUGUCCCAUUUACAUCCAAUGAGGCUUUAGAGAAGAACGUAGGUUUGUCAUUGAAUCUAGCCUACAUCGAAAACCUUCAAUUUCAAGCAGGAUUCAUGAGAUCAAGUCCAAAAAUCCUUUUAACUUUGACUAAAUUAUCUCCAGAUCUAGAGUAUGAUACGGUCCAUAACACUCUUGAUUGGGACUGCCCCAUAUGUUCUCAUUUAAAUAAAUGUGAUCUGAAGGUGGUAUCGGGGCUGAAUGUUCCCAAAUGUGAAGUUUGCGGAGUUAGCGCCAACGUCUACGAGCUCAAUAAGCUCAAAGUUGAGAAGCAAAACAAUUCUCGAUCGAAAGCUUACAAGAGGGGCUAUGAUAACAGUAGUUCCAAUCCAAUGAUCUGCACAAACCAUCCUGCCAAUAGAUUGCAGUUGCAGACAAGUGGGAGUUUGGACUCACAGAAACAUGAUCUACCGAAUGCAAUAUCAUCAAAGUCAAAACCGAUUUUUUGUCUAUCAGUUAAAAUUGAUGGCAUAGAUCAGUUCAGUUUCAAGCUAAGCUUUAGAAAUGGAGGCGCUCGAACUUUUUAUGACAAGCUGAAGUUUGCUCUCGGACAAGCCAAAUGGUUACAUGCAGAUUCAAGAUAUCAGGUCAAUGCUGGUGCUUUGAAAGUGGCACGAUAUUGUUCUCCAACUGAUACCGACAUUCAGUCAACACCAUCGAACAUGACCUCGACUUUGAAUUUUGAGUCCACUGAAAAACGCGCUGGUAUUCAUGGACUGGAAACGCUGACUUCUUUAAAAAAUAGUGAAGUUUCCACAUUUCUCAACAGCUCGCUCGGAGACCUACAGAACUUGAUGGAUAAAAGCAAGGAUUUGGCAAAGAUUGGAGACGACUAUAGGCGAAUGUUGAUGAGCAGUAAAACAGUAGAUAAGGAAGUUGGUCAUGCAGUCGAGCUUCUCUCGCGGUCCAGAAAUUCCUUGAAGUUACUGGGAAAUCUACUUGACGAUCGUGAAACUAUUAAUGAAGCUAAUGACUUUUAUACUGUCGAGUCACUCAAUUUACUUAAACAAGCGGGUGGCACACAAGCUGGGUCGUCUCUUUACGUGGAAGAACUUUCUCGACAAGUGUACGAUUUUAUCAUUCAGGAAAAUAUACUCAGAGACAAAAAUGGAUUAGUCACGGCCCUUGAUCUCUACUGUCUCUUCAAUAAAAGAAAAGGAUUUUAUUCAGUUUCUCCUCACAACUUCCUUCUUGCAACGGUCUCCCUUAAGCGAUACAAUCCUGAUCUGCAGCUCAUCGAGUUACAGCUACAAUCUCUUCAAAAGGUAGAGGGGAAAACAGCGGGGGAGACAACUGAAAAGGCUCGCUCGCUUUAUGCUAUCUGUUCCUCGACGAUGAAUGCCAAAUCCAUUUCGAGAUCAAUUUUAGAGGUUCUAGAGUCUGGCGUAUCUGGAGGCUAUUCUGCCUUAGAGUUUCAGAAUAUGUGUUCAAUACAGACGAAUUUACUUUUACUUCAAUCGGUCCUAAACGUACUGACUCGAGAUGGUGUUCUGUGUGUCGAUUCAACUCUACAAGGUGAAAAAUAUUUCAGGAACGAGAUUAUUCACUUUAGGGCCUAA